AUGUAUCAAGGUUUUGAACCCACACAGACAGAUUUGGAUUCUGUCAUAUUAACUGCUUGGCUAAGAGCAGUUGAAUUCAAUUCCAAUGAACCCAUUCAGAAGCAAACAUGGACUUCUGCUGGGGCUCUUAACUUCAAGACUUGUUUACCUAACAAUUUCCUUGAAAAAGUGCUGAUGGCAGACCAUCACACUGGACUCAAGGUGGUUAUAUCCAAAUGCAAGGGUCAAACCCAGUUGGAUGAGGUAGAAUUUAAUGUCUGGGCCCAAAGAUCCACUUUUAUUUGUCCCCUUCCAGACCAUUUGGUCUAUAUACUUUUUAAACUCUACAUGCUCAGAAGACCCCCUGCCUUUCUGUACCAGUAUGGCAAAUUCAGACCUUCCCACGCACAAAACAAAUAA